GAGGCUGGGCGUCGCGGGCCUAGCGGGCUGCUCUUCCCGGGAAGCGGCGUGCAUCUCUUUACGCCCGCGGCGUCGGCGGCCCGGCGGCGUAGUCGGCGGCUCAGCGGUCACGCGGGAGCGGGUCACGGCGGCGCGGGGCUGACGGCCGGCCAGGCGGGGGAGGCGGCCGCGGAGACCGCAGCGUGGGUGCCGGGAGGCGGGCGGUCGCGGAGAUGGGAGACCCAGGGUCUGAGAUAAUAGAAUGUAUCCCUCCAGCUGGGCCUGAGGCGUCCGAAUCAACCGUGGAGGAAAACGAAGAUGACAUCCAGUUUGUGAGUGAAGGACCGUUGAGACCUGUUCUGGAAUACAUUGACCUGGUCAGCAGCGAUGAUGAUGAGCCCAGCACCUCUCAACGUGAGAGAAUGCCUGAGUCUAAGGCGCCAGCCUCAGAGAGUCGUCGCCCAGAAAUGUGCUCUGGCUGCAGUGCUCCUCCUCCCAGUGGAGACGGCAGCUCCUCCUCUGGGCGCUGCGCCAGCAGUCCUCAAAGGAUGGUUUCUCACCCUUCUUCCGUUGAGAACCCAUUGGAGACCCAGAGAAAUGAUCACAGUAAUUCAGAUAUUAAGAUCUCUGAGACAGAGACACUUGAGCCAUCACAGAAUUACCAGAGUCUGCCUCCAUCUCCACUCCUGGUCCCCCAAGAGUCUGUGGCCUCCUCAGAGGUCAAGGAGGGUUUGCCCGUAGAGUCUCCAGCUUCCCAGCACGGGCGGGAUGCCCUCCUCUAUCUCCAGACACAGGUGGCUGAGAUGUCCCGAGUGAUACGUGACCUGCAGUCCAGGAGCUGCUUCCGAUUUCAUCAUUCCCGCACAGGUGAGGCCUCCUCGGUUCCUUGGGACAUCUCUACCUCCAGAGAAGAACACUUAUCUGCAGUUGAAGAAGAGGCUGAGUGCAAGUCCCCCUCGGCCGACGACAAAGGGCAGCCAGCUGACCCCAGUCAGUCCAGCUUCACAGGGCUAUUGAAAAGAAUGGAACAGAGAGGUGUUAUCAAGAGAGUCACCUUGCAGUCAGAAGCAGAACCGUGCGAGGGCAAGCCUGACUGUGUGACCUCCAAGAAGCGCUUGGUCCCUCCGUUGCAUCCUCUUCUGAGAAUUGCCACCGCGGAGGUUUUCAAAGACCCUGCUGAUUGCCAUCCUUCUUCUUUCAUGGGACACAGGGUGUAUCCUGUGGCUAAGGACACCUCUCCUUUCCAGCCAAAUCCCCCAGCAGGAGGCCCCAUCGUCGAAGCGCUAGAGCACAGCAGGAGAGGAGGCACCACGUCGCCCCUGGAUUCCACCUCAAAGGAGAUGGAGGUCAUGGGCUGCAGGUUCUACCAUGCUGCUUCCAUCGCGGCCCGAGCUGCCAGCUACAUGGCCUACAUGACGCAGUAUCAGCGUAAACUCUGGGAAGAUAUGGAGGACCUGGUCCAUGACCCCGAGUUUGAUCGUGGAAAGGCAAGAUGUAUCAUAUCUGAUGGCAUGGAUGCAGGCCUCUGGCAGCUGUGUACUACCAGGGACAUAAUGGACUCUGUGGUCAGAGUUAUGGCGAUGGCAAUAGACUACAGAAGGCAGGCUUGGCUUCGGCUCACAUCCCUCACAAAGAAGACCCAGGAGAAGAUCUCACACUUGCCCUUUGAUGGUACUUGCCUCUUUGGACAAGAUGUGAAUGCUGUUGUUGCAGGAGAAAACAGUGUGAAAGAAAACGACUAUAAAGACCACAGUAAAUACUAUAGCCAGCAUCGAUACUUCUACAGUCAUGACCAGAAAGCACAUUGCCACAGUCGUGGGUACUCCCGAGGGGACUGGUACAGACCUCGCAACCACCCCUAUAGACACAGAAAAAGGGCAGACUCUCCGGAACGCCAUGGGUACAAGAAUUAGUGACCCAUUCACGGUCUGCAGUGUAGCCAUGCACGAUGCCCCCUCCCCCACAGGACACUGAACACGUGUCUGGGAUGAUCACAGCUGACACCGAGUUCUAGACUUUGGGAAUGAAGUAGAUAAUACAGAGACUCACGCUUUCUUGGCCAAGUGAGCAGUGGAGACUUUCAGUUGGAUUGAACAAAGGUUUACACAUUGUUUCUAGUCCAAGAUAAGUCUCGAAGUGGGUCCUCAGGAAUCCAAAUCCUUUUAUGAUUAAGGAAAAAUAUAAAGAUUUCUUCCCCCUCAGAAAACUCUCACUGAUAAGCUGAUGGCGAGCAGAUUUUGGAUCUGGAAAUAACCUACCAUUAUCUCUAACACCAGAGGCAGAUCAUUCAUUUUUAGGUCAUCAGUGCUUCCUAGUUUAGGCUUCCGUUUGUCAGAUCGUCACAAAAGAUCUUUUUGUCCACAAAACUACAAAUCGGUUUUAAUCUCUCUGUAUCAGGGUGAUCAGCUCACCGAGUGUCCAUACUGCUGUCAAUCUCUGUAAGACUUCAGAAUCAGCCGUGAAGCUAUAUGUCAAGAACUGGAAUUCAAAUCAAAAUUUGCCAAAUCCAUUCCCUACUGGUGGUGUGGCUGGAUGUCCUAGAUCGGCUGUGGACACCAGCUGGAGGAAGACUUUGCUGUGAUAUCCUUGGAAACUUUCACAGUAACUGUCUUCACCACCCAGAGCUACACAGAAUUACCUGCAGUUGUCAUUCCCAAGUCUGUUAAGCAUCCACAAGCUGUGAGACCUGAUCAUGCUGUUCUCGCAGGAUAAUCUGGACAUUUCACCAUGGUGACCUUGACUGCUUUCUAAACUUUGAGCUUGAUGAUUCAUCAAGCUCUAAAUACAAAAAAAGAGAGAGAGAUUGCAUAUUAGUGCCCUGGAAAUCAAGGAUUUUACACCGUCUCAGCAUGCAAAAUCUGAACUCUUGAAAGAGCAAGAAUUCCAAACAUGCCUGACAGUCUGAUCCUCCGAUUGUAAUAAAGGGAUGCUAUCAGUCUAGAUUUUACUGAGAAAUCCUUCAGAUUCAGAGUGUAACUGUGGAUGUAGUAAAGAGUACAUUUCACACACUUCCCUUUCUAGAUUCCAUUAACAAUUUCUUGAAAGUCUGAAGUCAAGACUUCAGUGAUGUGUUCUUGGUUUUUUAGUCCCUUAACCUAGUCACACUCUACCAUGAGAGACCACUUAUAUUUUUGUUCCCAGCUCUUCGAGGUACUGUUACUCCAUCAGAGUGGAACUGACAGCAGAUACCUAAGCUAAACAUCCUGUAGUAUUUUUGUCUUGAGGCAGUGGCUGUGUGGUGUCCCAGCCCUUAGACCCUUGUCUUCCCAGCGUGACUUCAGAGAUGGAGAAGAUGCCAAAUUGGAGGGGUCUGAAUACAUCAUCCAAUAUUAUUUGCUUGGCCAAAUAGAAAAAAAUUUUAUCAACAGACUGAUAAUUUUAUAAUUUCUUGGUUUGUUAAGCAUCUGCAUUUUUUUCCAUGUGCUUGACCGUAGUAUUUUGGGUUCACUGUUUGUGGACUCUGACACCGUUUUCGCAUUUAUGUGGUUUCUGUUUCUUGCCUGCAUAGUGGUGCCUGAUGUUUUCCUGGUGUUCCGCUUUUUAAUGGCUAAUUGGAAGGCCAUCCUCUCUCCUCGUCAUAACCACCUUCAGCAUACUUUUUGUCUGCUUUUUCUUCCUUUCCUUGUGUGUGCUGUAGCAGUCAAAGAUGCAUAUAUCCUUACUUGGAAGCUACUUUAUUUUGUCAGAUAAUUUCACGGAUAAUUUAUAAUUGAUUCUGUUUGUCCUAUUGGUAGAUGAAGCUUAAGUUGCAGUCUUGAUAGUCUCCUCUUGGCAAAUUUGGUCAGGGCAUAUCUAGAGUUAACAUUUACCUUUAAUUUUUCUGUACUUUUCACCAAGUUUUACUAAUGCUGUUUGAGGCCCAUGCUCAAAGAAGCUGUCUUUCAAACUGAACCCUAGAAGAGCACUGAUAACUGGCUAAAAGAACCAAAGGCCUAAGAAAUCACACGAAGAUGAUAAUAGUUCAUGAUAUUUGGCCCACUAGCUCAGCGGCCUCACGUGCCCUUGCCAUGACCUUCUAGUUUCUUCUGUGAAAGGAUAACCAUGGGAACUUGAGAGAGAGAGAGAGACCUUGACACUCCGGGAUGGCUGCCCGAGGUAUUCCCAGUUAGCUGAGGCUUCUUCACACUGCUCCCACUUCUCCAUUUCUCUCCAUCCCUUCCCUGAAUUAGGUGCUGGGUCACAAAUUUGAUGAUUUUUGAGAACUCUUAAUUUUUCAAAAUUCAAACCAGAAUUAAUGGUGCUCGAAGACCUGACUCUCAGACUGCUCUGGCAUUUCCACCUAACCUGCUCUUCCUUUGAAACUUUUUACUUUUAAUGGUGUUUAAAAAAGGACACAAUGUAAAAUCUACCAUUGUACCCAGUUUAAGUGUACCUUGGAGUAGAGUUAGCUGUUCACUCUGGGUAUUCCUCCUUUCCCUGCUGCUCACAGAGCAGCAUUUCUUUCGUCUUCCUUCUGCGUCACGUUUGGUGCUCCAUAGCAGCAAGAUGAGUAGCGUUGCUUCCCCACUCUCUGAUUGCUAUGCCCAAGGACCUCCAUAGGUCUUCCCUAAUGAAAAAGUAUUGAGAAAUCAUCAAAUUAGUGGUCAGGUAGCUGACUUCUGAAGGGUGCGGCCAUUGCGUGGGGAUGGAGCAGAAUGCAGUAGAGCGGGAGCAGGUUUAGUUGUAGGUGAUGCGAUUGACUGCAGAAGAAGCAAUAUCCUUGACCUGUUUUUUUAUUAUUGCUAUUUUAAAGCCCUUCUCUGGCAUACUUGAAUGAUGGUGUUAUAAAACUAAAAAUGGGGACUUGGUCUAGGGAAACAGCCGCAAUAGUAUUUGGAACUUGUAAUUAGUCAGAUAACAGGUUUUCAGGUCACGUCUGCCGUGUGCAAAGCCAAGAUCCUCCAUCAGGCCAGCCUCUGAUAUUUGAACGUCGCUGGGUUUUCUAGGAGGCCUCGUAAUCAUCACAGGUUGAGUGACGUGGUGUUCCUAAAAGGGAUGCAUCUAAUGAUCCUUCUUUAAAACGUUAUUGUUUGACUAGAUGUAAAAUGUAUGUGGAAACUAAGAUUUCUUGUGUUUACUGUGUGUACACAGAAAUACUGUUUCCAUUCAUUGUUAUAUGAAGUGCCUUUUUAAAUUUUACACUAUUGUUUAAAACAACAUUUUAAUGUCUUGCAUAUGUUGCUGGUGAUAUUUAUGUGAAUUCUGUAUAGUGAUUUUUUUAUCUUGUAGUUUAUGUCUCAUCUGUACAAUUGCACUAUCUAAGGGUACUCUCCUUCUGAAUGUUACUUUAUUUUCAUUACAGCACUGUUGAUGCAUUUCAGAAGGACUUGUAGAGUAUGUGCCCCCGCCUUUAUUUAAAUAACUUAGCGGUAGCUAUUUUAGUUACGAGUGAUUGGCUCAGUUUUCUGGGCACUGAGGCAGCUUUCUUUUCUGUUUCUGAUUGAAGCAUUUGUCUUAUGUCUAACCUUGUUCAUAGCCAUAGUAACACAGCUCAUUUGUAAGUGGGUGUGUUACUUGGUAAUAAGAAACAAAGAUGUUUGGAAACUAUAGUAUAUUUGUUGACACUAUCUUUUUUUUUCAGACUGUGUGACAGCUUAUCAGUGUAAUUGCAUUUAAACUUAUUAUUAUUUACUGUGUGACAGCUUCUUUAUGUAUAAUUACAUUUAUUUACCUAGCUCUCAAAAUGACAUUUUGAGGAGAGCAUAAACUCAGGGUACUUGGGUACUAUUUAGUAUAUUACAUUACGUUACAUUACCAUUAUACUAAUUUACUGAAUGAUGCCUAAGUGUCCUGAUUGAUAAUGUCCUUAAAGGCCUGCUCCAUCCAGGAUAACCUCUCAGGUACUGUAAACAGGAGGUUGGAAUCAGUACAGUCCAGAAUCUCUUUUAGCUAUAAACUUGGAUACAGAGUUAAAUGACAUGGAUGAACAAAAAUUAAAUGCCGCAUUCAGUAUUCUUGAGGAUACACUUAAUUGACUGGGAUUCUGGUGAAGGUUAGAAAUUGAGGAUUAGAUCUUUGCAGAAAUAGUUUAAAGACUGCAAUAACUGAAAACUUUUUUUUUUAAUGGCGUGAGGCAUGUUUUCCCAGACUUGCACUGUUCAGGUUUCCUUAUCUUUUGAAAUUCGCCAUUCUUAGUGGCUAGUCCCGUAAUUGACUGUCAGCUCUGUAUGCCUCUCCUGCCUGUCAUUACCCACUUAGUUGUUUUUCCAGAUAGAACUAGUUUUGUAAACUGUUAAAAUAUGAUGUGGAAUUUCUCUUCCUGGAUGAGUGCUGAGAAUAUUGUUUCAUUAAGUCUUUUUUCCUAGUAUUGAUUAGUGGGGUGGUAUUUUUGUACUACUUUUCUUUUCAUCUGCUUGACUUUAUAGGAAUGAAAACCUUUUUUGUAGCAGUGUUUGGUGCCAUUGAGAUAUUACUGGAGAUUAUUUGAGUUUCUGGUGUGAUAUAUUGGGAAGUGAUCACAGGCCAAACAUGUCCUUUUGAUGUUAGCAUCUCAGUUAUUCUUUGUAUUGAUCUUUUCUUCCUCUUUAUGUAAACCUCUUCUUUAAAGGAUGUCUUAUCUUCCUUAAUCUCUUGAUGUAGAUUAUAUUUUUUAUUCUGCCAGUCUAUGCUAACCAGGAUUUUCAUGUGGUUUUAUAUGAUUAAAUGCAAUGCCUUCAGCAUUAUUUUUAGAGGUUUUCUAGUUCUCUCUUAAAAAUGUCCUUUUCUUAAAAAAAUAAAAGUAGCCAAGUCAGUGUCAUCCUACUCUUUGGCUGUUGAAUUUCCUCAGUUUUUAAUGCCUUCUUUUUUCCUGAUAGUACUAUUUUCUCAUGUUUGUAUAGUCUUCCCACACAUGAAUUGCUGUACGUAAUUUGUGGUCAGUUGCAUCUUUUCUCUCUUAACAGAAAUUUUAAGUUCAUCACCAUGAACUUAUAGUACCCCUCUCACAUGUACUGUGUGUGUGUGUGUUGAGUCACCAAGUGUCCGACUCUUUGCAGCCCCAUGGACUGUAGCCUGCCAGGCUCCUCUGUCCAUGGGGA